CGCUACUAUAUAGUAACAGGUAUCCUUCAAAUUCUGGGUAUUGUUGGGAGUACAUCUGAGUUGAACCACAAGCAUGUGAAGAAUUGCAAUGGUCGUUGCCUGAGUGCACGGGUCCAGUAGCAUUUGGAGACGCAUGGCAGUCAAGAUCAAUGCUGUGUGACUGUUCAAUAAACCGCCCUGUUUGAUUUUCCGAUUCCUUCCAAGGUGUCACAUCCCGGUAGUGCUCGAUAGAUUUUUCUGGAGUAGUGCUAUUGAAGUCCUUGAUAUUAAAGCGCAGGUGUUUCCUCCACCACAGUCCGGUCUUUCCUGUCCUGGGUGCAUCUUUGUUUCUCAUACCUCUAGGGAUGGCCAGCACUACGCCAGGCAACCGAAAGCCGCGCAUCAGCGAGCUGCCAAUCACAGUUCAAAACUGGCACCGCCAUGUGGAUUGGUAUAACACGACUUUUGUCGUUAUAAUACCUCUAUUCGGCUGCAUUGCCGCUGGCUUCACGCCUUUGCAACAAAUAACGUCACAUCGGACAUAUAAUGCAAGUCUACCGCUGAGGAUCUUCCUCGCCUGUGGUGGUGGUAGUGCCGUGCAGGGCUCAAUUCGCUGGUGGAGUAUCAAGCAUCGUGCCCACCACAGAUGGAUUGAUACGAAGAAGGAUCCAUACAAUAUCCGGCAGGGCCUGUUGCACUCACAUCUCCUCUGGCUCGUCCUGAAGCAUGACCCUAAGAACAGUGCUCGGACAGAUAUCUCGGACUUGAACGAGGAUCCAGUAGUCGUCUGGCAGCAUCGAUAUUAUAAAUCGUUUAUGAUCGGCUUUGGUUUGAUCUUCCCCAUGAUAGUAGCCGGCUUGGGAUGGGGUGAUUGGAAGGGUGGCUUGGUGUAUGCUGGCAUCCUGCGGAUGUUCUUACAACAGGCGUUCUUCUGCGUCAAUUCGUUAGCUCAUUGGAUGGGCGACCAGGGCCAGAGGUCACCGCGCAACCACUUAAUCACCGCGUUGAUCACUCUUGGAGAGGGCUAUCAUAACUUUCACCACGAGUUAAAACACUUCCCAUCAGAUUAUCGAAGUGGUAUCGAGUGGUGGCAGUACGACCCUACGAAAUGGGCCAUAUGGAUCUGGACGAAAUUGGGCCUUGCCUCUGACCUCAGGCGAUUCCGUACUAAUGAGAUCGAGAUGGGCCGGGUACAGCAGUUGCCGAAGAGACUUGAUCAGCGGACGGCUUCUCUCGAUCGGAGUGUCCUCUUGGACCAAUUGUCAGUGGUCGACUUGGACGAUUAUGUGGCUGAAGCGCAACUUGGAAGAACAAAGGCUUCUCUUGCAGAUGAUGCACACGACGUGACAAUCAUUAGCCAGGAUGCUACUACCAUCUCCAACGAUGACCCGUAGUAUCCCAGAAAAGCGGCUCACAUGCGCCCUUCGACACCGUCAACCUGGGGUGCGCGAUUGUGGUGGUCCCAAGAAGGAUGAAGACGAAUAUCUGCCUAGUGAGAAGGAUUGAUGAAUGCGACUGAUGCGUCUAUUGGCCUCUCAUAUCUCGAGGUUCCUGCCUGGAUGGCUCUAGAAUGAGUGUGUGGUUUUCCA